AUCACUCAGUUUAUUAAUAUUGUUUAGUAUUUUAUAUCGAAAUCUUAAAAUGCUCCGGAAAUGCUGCUAUUGCAUUGGGUUGCGCAAGGCCUGCAUAGUGAUUUCCAUUUUAGACUUCAUCUUUAAUCUCGCGAUACUCAAUAUUAAACAGGUGUUCACACAUCACAUCGAGCAUGCGGUGGCCAUUUGUCAUUGCAUCGGAUGCUUCUUCCUGCUGGGCGGAGCUUUGAUCAAAGCGACAGUCUUACUGAUAUUCUUCCUCAUCACAAGCCUGAUCAACUGCGUUAUCCUGGCCAGUUACAGCAUCUUCCUGCUGGCGAAUGAGUCCAAACAGCGAGUGACCGUCGUUCCAGUCUGUUCCGUGUAUAUAUGCGUGGAGAUUUACUUCUGGAUCGUCGUCUACUCGUAUUUUACUCAAGUGAGGACACCUGUUGAUGUCGACGAAGUCUGAGCGCCCAAUUCAUUUAAUUCGAUUCGAAUGUGGCCUUGGACACUGGUUUUCCAAAGAUUAGAACAAUGGCAUUUGAAUUAAUUGUAGGGCUAAUCAAAAUCCUUUUCAAUUAGCUCAAAUACUAAUGUGCUAGUCUUUGGUACAUCUCUUUGCAACCUAUGGUAAAUUCUCAAAAAUCGAAUAUAAAAAAUUUCAUGAAGUAAUUACAAAA